AAAUUAAAAAUAUUAAAUGUCUAAUGAAAAGAGAACAUCUGCAGACUUUUUCAAAUAAGUCUUUGGAAGAACAGUAACUGUUAAAUUACAUAAUCGAACAGAAUAUAUUGGUGUUUUAGCUGCUUUAGAUGGAAACAUGAAUCUUGUAUUGGAAUAAUGGUAUUAUGUAGCUUAAUUUACUAUAGUGAAGAAUAUUUAGAAUAGAAGCUUAUUAAUAAAUAUGGAUAAAUAUUAUUGAGAGGAAAUAAUGUUCUAUAUAUAAGUGCUAAAUUUAAUCAAAAAUAUUAACAAGAGGCAGGAAUUUGA